AGAAACCAUUUAUUGGCUCUUCUGAAUGGAUUGGAUCAAUUGAAGUCAGUACCGUCCUGAAUCACUCAUUACAGAUAGAGUCUCGUAUUCAUCACUGCUCAAGAGGAGCUGAUAUCGCUGGUACCGGUCGUCUUUUACAGCAUCAUUUUAGAAACCAGGGCACUCCCGUAAUGAUAGGGGGUGGGGUUUUAGCUCAUACCAUAUUAGGAGUUGACUAUGACGAGCAAUCUGGUGACAUUAAAUUUUUGAUUCUUGAUCCUCAUUACACUGGCCCUGAGGACAUCAAUUUGAUAAAUGGAAAAGGUUGUGGCUGGAAGGGGAUGAAUUUUUGGGAUCAAAAUGCAAACUACAAUUUGUGUAUGCCCAUUAGACCUCAGGAAAUAUAAAAUACAAAACUUUGUCAUUUUUUUGCUUUUAAUGCUUUAUUUAUGUAUACCGUAAGUCAUCUAAUAAAGCGGUAUCUUCAAAUAACCAAAUUAGUCUAAUUAAAAUUAUUUCUUUCUUUUCACGAGGAGCAUGCAAAAACGUGGACGAGAUAUUGUCCUUAUUUUUACCAGAAACCAACAGUUACUCUCAUCGAGUCCAACAAUGAAGAGAUUCGUUAGACUAUUUCACCAUUCACUCUCUCCAUCUUCUUGUGGCCAUCUUGCUCUGAGCUCCUCUUGCUUAUCUUCUGUCUUGAGAUCAGCAGAAGUGUCUUACUGUAUCACUAGAUAUAGCAAUCACUACUUUAAUCAUACGAAGACACACUCCAAUAGAGGAAUUCAUUCUAAUGCUGCUCUCUGUAAAGAGGACUAUUAUCAGAUACUUGGGAUACCACGGACUGCCGAUGCCAAGGAAAUAAAGAAAGCUUAUUACGAUUUAGCAAAGAAGUAUCAUCCCGACCGUAACCCUGAUAACCCAGAAGCGGCAAAGAAAUUCACAAAAAUAGGAGAAGCAUAUGAGGUUCUUAGUAACUCUGAGAAGCGAAAGCGUUACGAUUAUUCCGGUUUCUCAGAGUUCAGCGAUGAAGCUGGCCCAGGUCAUCAGGGAAACCCCUUCACGUCGAUGAGAGCUGAGGAAAUAUUCCGUCAGUUUUUUGGUGACUUUGACAUGUUUGGACAAGAUAUAUUUGGACAAGACGCAAGGAACUCCCAAACGCUUCAUCUCAGUCUUUCAUUCAUGGAGUCAGUCAAAGGAUGCAGUAAGGAGCUGUCAAUGAGAGUACAAGCCAUGUGUGAGAGGUGCUCUGGCAGUGGAGGGGAACCAGGGACUAAGACAGAAGUCUGUCCCUACUGCCGUGGGUCAGGAGAGGAGGUGAUCAGUACUGGGUUCUUCAAGAUGAAGUCCGUAUGUAGGAACUGUCACGGACAAGGACGUGUGAUAACUGUGAGGUGUCGCUCUUGCAUGGGGAAAGGAACCACUGUCAAGACAAGAUCAGUUAACGUACAAGUACCAGCUGGUGUUUCAGACGGUCAAACUCUAAGAGUUCCAGUGGGUCACACAGAAGCUUAUGUAACGCUCAGAGUUUCAUCAAGUGACACUUUUAGACGUGACGGGUUUGACAUUCACUCUGACGCUAACGUCAGCUACACUCAAGCAGUCCUGGGAGGAGUCGCUAAAACACCCGGUCUUAAUGGGACGCUGGAUUUAAAGAUUCCGGCAGGUAUUCAGUCUCAUCACAGACUCAGAUUAAGUGGUCGAGGGAUACCACGACUCAACGGAUACGGAAACGGAGACCAUUACAUUCACAUCAGGAUCAAAGUACCCAAGAAUCUGACCAGUGAACAGAAGACGUUAAUAGAAGAACUAGCACAAACUGAAGAUUACGAAGGAUCUGUGAAUGGGAUCAUAAAAGGUAGAGGGGAGAAUGGAAAAAAGAACAAACUCAUCAAAAAAGAGAAAGGAUUCUUGCAAAAGUUGAAGGGCAUUUUUUGGGAAGAUGAGGACAAAGAACAAAAAGAGAACACAAAUUGACCUAAAAUAUCUCCAUUAUUUAAUAUAACGAAUAUUGUUUUUGCAUUAAAUUAUUGAUUGGUAUAAA